AAUCAUCUCAAUAGCAUUCACGUAACUUCACCGUUUUCAAUACUUCCAGAGGAAUCAUAUCCAUGGAACCAGACAACCAAACCAGCUCGUCUGAGUUUAUCCUCCUGGGACUUUCAGAAAAGCCAGAACAGGAGACUCUCCUCUUUGCCCUGUUUCUCUGCAUGUAUGUGGUCACAGUAGUGGGAAACCUGUUGAUCAUCCUGGCCAUCAGCACAGACUCCCACCUCCACACCCCCAUGUACUUCUUCUUGGCCAAUCUCUCCUUGGUUGAUUUCUGCCUGGCCACUGACACUGUCCCCAAGAUGCUGGUGAACAUCCAAAUCAAGAGCAAGUCCAUCUCUUAUUCCUGCUGCCUGACACAAAUGUACUUCUUCCAUUUCUUUGGCAUCAUAGACAGUGUCUUAAUAGCCGUGAUGGCUUAUGAUAGGUUCGUGGCUAUAUGUCACCCCUUACACUAUACCACUAUCAUGAGCCCACGCCUCUGUGGCCUGCUGGUCAGUGGCCCAUGGGUGUUUUCUGGCUUCAUCUCCCUCACCCACCUCCUCCUGAUGGCCCGACUGGUUUUCUGUGGCAAUAAUGAGUUGCCUCACUACUUCUGUGACCUCACCCCGCUCCUCAGACUUUCGUGCAUGGACACCUCUGUGAACAAGAUUUUUGUGCUCAUUGUGGCAGGGAUGGUCAUAGCCACGCCUUUCAUCUGCAUUCUGGCCUCCUAUGUUCGCAUCAUUGUGGCCAUCAUGAAGGUGCCCUCUGCGGGAGGCAGGAAGAGAACCUUCUCCACCUGCAGCUCCCACCUCUCUGUGGUUGUACUCUUCUAUGGGACCACCAUUGGGGUCUACCUGUGUCCUUCAUCUGUCCGCACAGCCGUGAAGGAGAAAGCCUCUGCUGUGAUGUACACUGCCGUCACCCCCAUGCUGAACCCCUUUAUCUACAGCCUGAGGAACAGAGACCUGAAGAGGGCCCUGAUGAAGCUGGUCAACAGAAAAAUCACCUCAUCCUCCUGACCACCAGGACACCUGGAAGCUU